AUGGCUCUUUACAGCUGCAUGACAAGUGCUGCCAAGCUUCUGGACAAGAAUCUAUUCACUGUCAGCACCCCGAAUCCACUGCUUCCUUCUCCCGCAAGUCUUCAGCUUGCUCAGCUGCAAGCCCACCUUACCCUGCACAGACUAAAAUUGGCUCAGACAGCAGUCACCAACAACACAGCAGCUGCAACUGUCCUGAAUCAAGUUCUCUCCAAAGUGGCCAUGUCUCAGCCACUUUUCAACCAAUUAAGACACCCUUCUAUGUUCAACACCCCUCAGGGACAUGCUGGAGGGUCUGGGGUUGCCAAUACUAGAUUUCCACCCGGUGGACUCCAUUUUCCACCACAGAACCCUGCUAUAGCAGCACCAAGUGUAACCCUGGGGCCUGUAGGCAACCUUCAAAAUCAAAACCCAAAUACUGUGGCCAUAAAUCCCUUUGGGAGUGUAAUAUCUCAGACAGCUGGACAACAUGCUGUAGUUAUGGGUCUAAAUAAGACUGGCAUCUCCUCUGCUGCAGGUGGGUUUUAUGACUAUGGUAAGCAAGCAUUUCCCUCUGAUGCUGAAAAGUGCAGCCAACAUGGCUUUGUGACCUGUGGAUCUCAUUCAGUCCCAACUUCCUCUGGAGGUGGAACCUACGAUGGACAUUUUGGUAAACAUGACAACCAACCAGGAUUCCAGAAAGAGUUUUUUGGAGCUACUUCUAAAGGCCAGCAUGCAACUAGUAUACAGACUUUGACUUUUGCUGGUGACCCACAUAAUACUCAUCAUACUCAUCAGAUUAUAAAUCAAAAAGGAGAGCCGGGUCCUGUAAUACAUGAUAUAGAAACAAAUAAUAACUGGGAAAAUCCUUCUACUUUCUCUAGCCAAAGCAAGCCUGACAUCAUGCCCAAUGCCAGCAUGUGGCCAUCAGCAAGUGUCCCAUAUGAAAUAAGAAACGAUCUCUAUAAUCCUGAAGAACCAACACCUGACACAAAAUUUAGCACUGGUGCUCCACAUGUUUUCAGUAGAGCCAAAAGCAGUAAACAACAUUUCAGUAACUCACGAAUGAGACAGAAGCAGGAACCAGUUGCACACGAUUUGUCAGUGAGACCUCUUCAGUCUCAUGAGCUAAAUGACUUUCAUAGUAUAGAACCUCUUGGUUUCCCCCACAUCUGUACCUUAUGCGAUAAGAAGGUCUUUGACCUAAAGGACUGGGAUCAGCACAUUAAAGGAAAUGUUCACAUUCAGAAAUGCAUGGCUUUCUCAGAGAACACUGACGUUCGGUGUGUAUUAAAUUCAGCAGAAGGAAUGUUGCACUCAUCUUCUCCAAACAACACAUCUGUGUUUAAUCUUCCUGGUACUGAAGAUUACCCUUUAACAGCUGGGUCAUCAUACAACUCUACAUCUUCAUUUGGCCAACCAGGUUCUACAUUCUCUUCUGUUCCACCUGGAGUAAAUCUGCCACAAAGGAAAUGUACCCCAGGUCGGGUAGUACAUAUCUGUAAUCUUCCUGAAGGAAGCUGUACGGAGAAUGAUGUCAUCAAUUUGGGACUUCCCUUUGGAAAAGUCACUAAUUAUAUCCUUAUGAAAUCUACCUGUCAGGCUUUUCUAGAAAUGGCAUACACAGAGGCAGCUCAGGCUAUGGUGCAAUACUAUAAAGAGAAGCCUGCCAUGAUAAAUGAUGACAAGUUACUCAUUAGGAUGUCUAAAAGAUACAGAGAACUUCAGCUGAAGAAACCAGGUCGAAAUGUAGCAGCAAUAAUCCAGGACAUCCAUUCUCAGAGAGAAUGGGACAUCUUGCGAGAAGCAGACAGGUAUGGACCUGAAAGGCCUCGGUCUCGCAGCCCCAUAAGCCGUUCACUGUCCCCAAGAUCACAUACUCCAAGCUUUACUUCCUGUAGUUCCCCUCACAGUCCACUGAGUACAAACCGGACAGACUGGGGAAAUGGAAGAGAGACAUGGGAUCAGUCCCCUUAUUCCCGAAGGGAGGAAGAAAGAGAAGUAGUGUCAUGGCGAGAGAAUGGGGAAGAGAAAAGAGAUAGGACUGACACAUGGGUGCAUGAGAGAAAACACUAUUCACGCCAUCUGGACAAACUAGACUUGGAAGAGCGUGUUGAAGGAAGCAGAGGGCACAGAGAAAAACACUUAAGGGGGGGUUCACCCAAUGCAAAGGGGGCUCAUAGUUUGCCUGGAUAUAAGAACAGAGAAGAAGACUAUUACAGAAAACCAUCUAAGCAAAAAUCUGAUAAGUAUCAAAAACAGUCACUAGAUGCAGCACCAAAGUGCAAAAGAAAGGAAAAAUCAAGAUCAAGAGAGCGCAGACAUUCGCACUGUGAAGACUCUGCUAAAGAAGAAACAUCAGAACAAAAGCCCAACAAGAUGGCUGACAGUAUCAGGCAAAAGCAAAGUGAUAAGGAAAAAAUUAAGGACAAUGACAAAAAAGCAGAGGAAGAGCUGUCUUGUGCCUCUGUAAAAGUUAACGUGAAGAAAGGAGGAGGAACUGAGAAAGAGGUUGAAAAAAAAGAUUUUAAUGUGGAGAACAGCCCUUUUCCUAUAAAUAAACUGAUGAAAGAAAGAGAAGAUUCUGUGGAAAGCACAAGAAAAGAGAAGGAUUGGGAGAGUGGAAGUGAGAUGGAAGCUGAGACGUGGUAUCCAACUAAUAUGGAAGAGCUAGUAACUGUAGAUGAGGUGGGAGAAGAUGACCUUAUCAUGGAACCUGAUAUAAAUGAACUUGAAGAAAUAGUAACAGUACAUCAGAAAGACCAAGAAUGUUCCAUAAUGAGCGCCUUAGGUGCUGAAUUGGAGGUGCAGGAUGAGCACACCUUAUUAAAUAGAAAUGAAAACGAAUAUAAAAUAAUGGAAGUAAGCUUAAGGUCAGAAGAGGAAAAUGCCGGGAAUCCUGGUGGCUCUGAAGGUAAUAAUACAGCUACUAAAGCACAACAUCUAAAUCUGGACAUUGAGCAGAAGCCAAAUGAAUUACGUGAAGGCAGUCCUCAAAGGGAUUCUGAUUACCAUGACAAGGAAAGAAAAAUAAAUGAAAGUGCUAACAUUCACUUAAACCUGGAGGAGCAGUACAUACCUUCUCAUCCUCCAAAAGAAGAACUCUUCCAGCAGGACAACACAUGCAUAAAUGAUUAUAAAGAGAUGGAAUCACAAGCAACUGAGAAUAAAAAAGCUAUGGACAUGCUUGCAAAAAACUCCCAAGAAGAAACCGGCUGUGGAAGUCAGGAGCAUCAAAAGACUCAGGCAAACUUUAGGUAUCAGGAAGUGAAAACUCCUGACUUCCCAGAGGUAGAAUCAAAAAGAUCAUAUUUUUUGCCAUCUUGGGAACAAGAAGAUGUGUUUACCGAGCUCAGCAUUCCACUAGGAGUGGAAUUUGUUGUUCCCAGAACUGGCUUUUACUGCAAGCUUUGUGGACUUUUCUACACAAAUGAAGAGGCAGCAAAGACUCGCCAUUGCAGAAGUACUGUCCACUACAAAAAUCUUCAGAAGUACCUAUCGCAGCUUGCAGAAGAGAAUCUGAAGAUGAAUGAAAAAGGAAGUGGUUUGACACAAGAUGAUACUGGAAUUGUCCCUCAUUUUGAGGAGAAAAGGCUAUGAUCUUGAUUAAUUUGAAGUGAACAUUUCAUGGUUUUUUGCUGAACCUGAUGAUGCACCUUUAGUUUGCACUCUGUUGAAGGAGGGAAAGCAUAAUGAAGAGCUUGUUCUAUGCAUCUACACUGAAAGCACCAUUAAAACACAAUGCCCGAAAUACAGUGAAGCAACAACGACAAGUCUAUAAUCAGCAGAGCUCAGCUUCUUUAGACUGUAACAGGUACAGCUAUUUCUCUAAAUCAGGAUUCUCAGGGAUUUUCUCAGUGUUAGGUCUUCAGAUUGUUCAGUGAAAAUUAUUUGGGGGAAAUGAUCUGAAGAAAAAAACUUGUUACAAUACUUUCAUUCAUUCACCCUGCCCAGCAAUAAACCCUGUGUCUUGUAAUCACAUCUAUAAGUCAAAUGUGUUACUGCUGAUAAGAUUGGUACUUUGAUGACAGCAGUAUUCUGUCUUGAAUCAAGUAGUUCAUGGUCUAUAUAUUCAAUAGGUUUGCAGUCUCCAUUGGAGUGGACAGAAGCAGUGAAAUCCCUCCACCUUCAGUGCCUGAACAAAUUCCAGAAGACUAAAAUUAGUAAACUUCUAGAAUAUCAUGUUCCCAGUUUUGUCUCUGAUAAUAGUAAUCUAUUUACAUCAACUUUUCUUAAGGCUUAUUUCUAUUAAAUCUAUUAAAGGCUUAUUUAUAUUAAAUCUGCAUAAAUUUGCACAUGAAUAGAAUAAUAGUUCUAAAUGGAAAAGAGCAUUUUGCUUUGUUUUAGGUGAUGCAUUCAAUUAUUGCAUUACCAUAGAAGACAUACUCUUGCCUGCAUGAGAACGAAGUAGGUAUGCCUCUUCUAAGAUGGUGCCUGCCACCCGGGGGGGUUUCGGUCCCAGGACAUGAUCUGAAGACAUGUGAUGCAGCAAUCUUGCUGAAGCUAAGCUGGCUGGAUCUGGAUUCUACCUGGAUGAGAAACUCCUUGGGAGCCGUAUGUAUGCUGCCUUGAGUUCUAUGAUCAAAGAAAGGCAAAUGGAUAUAUAAAAGUAAUAAAUAUUUUAAAUUUCUCCAAUAAACCAGAGGCACCUUUUUAACUGAUUAAAGAGUUUUCAAAGAGCCCUAGUUUAAGCAGAAUGAAUGCAUUUCCAUUAUUUUUAUGUUGAUAUAUAGAUGCCCAAUAUAGUAUUAUUAUAUAUGUGUUUCAACAAUAUGUGUGUUAUAUCAU